AUGUCACAACAUCAAAAUACUCCUGCUACCAAGUCUACUCAAAAGGUUAGCGCUCAUUCCUUGGACAUUCCCGAUGAUGAGAUUAUGGAUGUGGUUCCUCUAUCGGUUAUUCCCUGCGAGGCCCUUGAUUUGAACCAUCCCAUGGAUGCCUCAGCUUUUGCAUGCCCCAAUCAAGGUAACAUCUCUAGUAUUCCUUCUGGCUUAACUCCUGCCACUAAUUCUAAGGAAGAUAUACACCACAUUGAUCGUGUUAUAAGAAACCUAGUCACUAGAAUCCUUAAUGAAGGACAUUUUGUGAAGGGAGUCUCUACUCCCCUGUCUAAAAUGUACCCCUCUACUGAGGUUGAACAACAUAGUGAAAAGGAUGACGAUUCCUCCAGUUCUGAGAAGGACAUGGCUGCUGAAGGGUUAUGCUCUCUAGGGCAAACUGUGUCUGGUAAAGGAAAACUUGUGGCAUCUAAAACUACCAAUGCUUCACACUCUGAGAAGCAUGAUGAUGCAAAUGAUGUGAUUGACCUAGAGGAUGAUAAGUAUGAUGAUCAAGAGGAUAACUUACUUCAUCAUUUAAAGCCAAGUGUGGCUAAACGCAUGAAGACUCGAAAAGGAAGAUCUGUGGCUGAACUUAUGUCAGCUAGAAAAGCUAAGAACACUGCUGGUAUUGGGCCCUCGAAAUCUUGGAGCAAGGUUGAAGUGAAGAAGAGGAAGGAUGGAGCUGCCAAGUGGAAAUUUAUGAUUCAAAGAAGGGUGGCUGUGGAAAGGGAGUUGGGAAAGGAUACUGCUGAAGUCAAUGAGGUCAUGGACCUGAUAAAGGCUGCUGGGUUGUUGAAGACUGUGGCUGGGUUCUCUCAGUGCUAUGAGGGUUUAGUUAAGGAAUUCAUUGUCAAUAUUCCUGAGGAUAUUGCUUAUAAGAACAUCAAGGAAUUUUGCAAGGUGUUUGUGAGGGCUAGGCAGGUGAAAGGCUGGCCUAUUAAAAAAUAUCUUCCUGCUGGGAAGUUGACUGUCAAGGAUGUUAUAUUGCAUAAAAUAGGAGCUGCAAAUUGGGUGCCUACCAACCAUAUUUCCACCAUUGCUAAUACCCUUGGAAGGUUCAUUUUUUCUGUUGGAACCAAAAUGAAUUUUGACUAUGGUAGAUUUAUGUUUGAACAAAUCAUCAAACAUGCAUCUACUAAUACAGUUAAGUUGCCUAUUGCCUUUCCCUCUAUGAUUUGUGGGAUUAUCCUGAAUCAACACCCUGGUAUUCUGUAUUCUAAUGAAUUACCAAGUAGAAGAAAACCUGCUCUGUCUAUGCACUAUAAACUGUUUGAAGGUAGUCAUGUCGAAGAUAUUGUCAUGACAUCUUCCAUGAAAAAGCCAACCACAAAAGUUGGAACAAUUGCUGAGCUUAAGGAGACUUGUAAAGAGUUGUGUGAAGGGAUAAGAGUAGCAACAACUAGAAAACAAUUUGAGAGGUCUGCAAACAAUGAUGAGACAAGUGGAAAUUCUGUUUCUGGUGCUGAUGAAGCUGCAAGCUCAAGCUCUACUGAUUAG